UUCUUUCAUUCAUUCAAUAAAUAUGGUGUUUCGGGUGUUUCAGGUGUUGAUAAAUGGCUUUCAAAUUAAUUAAUAUAUGUACCUAUAUGCCAUUUUUAAAUUUCAUGGACAUUUUAGUUGAUAGCUUCAUGUUAAAAAUUUAAUUUGGCACUCGUCUCAAUAAUUUUUAGUGCGGCUGUGUUUUAAAAUCCAGACUAAACUUUUUUGUUACUCGUCGCGUACGUACGUCACAUUACGAUGUAAAUCUGUCAAGAUCACGCACAUUGACAAUGUGAACUGGAUUGGAUAGAUAACACCAGCAAUCCAAGUAGAACCAACCCAACUGCUUACUGGCCCCCAUCCGGAAGCAUAAAAAUGGAAACUGUAUCAUCAGUGACCCAAGAUGACAGUUCUGGAGCCAAUCCGAACAGUGUGAAGAGUGAAGACAGCAGUCCACAAAAUGAAAGUGGGAGGGGCUCACCUCCUCCUAACUGUGCUAUCUGCUUGGGUACUUGCAAGAACAAGUCCUUCACAGACUCCUGUCUACACCAGUUUUGCUUUACAUGUCUCCUGACAUGGAGCAAAGUAAAAGCAGAGUGCCCCUUGUGCAAGCAGAACUUCAAAUCAAUUAUUCACAAUGUGCGUUCUAAUCAUCAGUAUGAAGAGUAUUUGGUGGAACAAAGAGAGACGGAAGAAAGUAUAGAUAGAUUUGAUAUUGAUAGCACUAUUGCACAGGCAAACAGGAGGUUUAGAUACAGGACAACGCUAACGCUCCCGCGGCGCGAUUCGCUGGCGAUCCAGCAGCUGCUGCUGCAGCAGUACCCGACGCCGCCGCGCGCGGCGCUGCGUCCGCCGCGUCACCCCGCCGCCUUCCGCCGCACCGUGUACCGCCACAACCUGUACGCGCGCCCGCUGCCCGACUUCACGGGCCGCUUCCGGGACUGCUCACCGCAGUUCUAUAGGUACAAUGACACACAGAUGCAUCGUUUAGUGCCUUGGCUCAAUCGAGAACUCCACUAUUUACUAAAUGAAAAUAUUGGGCACAUUUCAUAUGUAAUAACCCGUAUAUUAGAAUUACUUCCCCAGUACCACAUCAACUCGCCUGAAUUCAGAGCUGCGAUGCAGCCUUAUUUUAGAGAUAGAACAGAACACUUCCUCCACGAGUUAUACUGCUUCGCAUCUACUCCCUACGACAUGACGGGCUACGACCGCUACGUGCGCUACACCACCGACACCAGGAUAUCCACCAUGGUCAACGAAGUCAUUUCCAGUUCCGAUUCCGACGCCAGCGUGGACUCAGACAUAGUUAUGGUCUCGAGUUCCGAGCCCGCAGAACCUCCUCCCGGACCCUCCAGGAUAGCAGGCCCUUCCAGAGUGCCUCAGCCGGUGUAUCCUCAAAAUUACAUCGCCGAGCCGACCAACGUCAUCCCCAUCGAAACCAUCUCACACUCUGACACGGACGACGACUCCUCGGAAGUGAUGGUGGUCGGGUACAUAAAACCUCCGCAGGACAGGACGCCCGAGGUGGUCGAUCUGCUGGGUUCGGACAGCGACGUCAUAGUGCAGGACGCGACGCCGCCGCCGCCGCCGCCCAGCUCCGAGCGGGCGGAAGACGGCGCGGUGCCGCUCGUCAAGCUGAUAUUGAAGCGUCACAUGACCAGCGUGGAGUCCAGCGACGACGACAGCUACGGGGCGCGGCGCUCGCAGUCCGACACGGCCUCCACCAGCCACACGUGGCGCUCCACGCCCGAGCCAGAGCCCUGGCUGCCGCCUGUCCAACCCUCUUCCUCCUCCAGCUCCUCCACCUCCACCUCCUCCAGUGAUGAUACCUUAACCGAGUACUUGGAGAGCUCCUCCGAGCGCUCCAGUGACAGAAGAAGCAGGCCUGUUAAAAAGAAAACCAAGAGAAAAAGUCGUAAGGAAAUCGCCUCGAAAGAAAAAAAGAAAAGUAAAAAACGUUCUUCUCGACCUCGUAAAGAUAGAUCGGCGCCCGAUAAAGAGAAAAGAAAACGUAAGACGCGUUCGGGAAAGGGUGUCAAGUCGUCGAAGAAAACUGCCUUACCUCAAUCCAGUAGUCCGCUUCCGGUCGCGGAGGAGCAGCCCGGCCCCAGUGGAACUUGUAAUAGUCGGAAACGUCGAGUGAACAAGGACCGUAAAAGAAGGCGCUCGAGUCGAACGAGUCGCGAGAGCAAAAGACUGAAAAGUGUUGUAAAUGUAAUUAACAAUAAAACAUUAGAAGAACCGAGUUCAAGUGCAUCGUUAAGUAGUGCUGUGAUUAAUCCUAACUCUACCUCUGCCGGCCCCAGCCGUUCGCCUCCACUAGAGUUAGAUCUACCUGGGUUGGAUGCGACUUCUGUGGCUGUACAAACUAGAGAUUAUACUGAUUCGGACUGGGAUGAACUUCCACUCAAUUUGACAGUGCAAAAAACAUUUCAUUCCUUGUAGUGUAGCCUGCCACUGAUUGAAAUGUGAUACAUAGAUUUAUUAAUGUGAUUCUCAUAUUAGUGCCAGGAAACCAAAUCAUGAACGCCGCUCUGCUGGCACAGGCGUGUACAAACGCAUUUGUAUAAUGAAUUAGAUUCGUACUAUUUAUUAAUAAUAAUUGUACAUGAUAAAUGCAUCCUCUGAUUUGUAUAAUAAUUAUGUAUAUUAUACUUUGAUUUGUUGAAGUAUUUUUAUAAAUUGCGUUCACAUUUAGGAUGUUAAGGUUAGUAACACGCCGCUGUUAGCUCACUUGCAUCAUGCAUUCUACUGCAAUGAACAUUGUGUGUGCGAGUGAGCUAAGGCAAAUAAAGUCGGCCAAUGUGACUCGUCGCGACCGUCUUACGUUUUUAGUCUAUAUAUUUAAACUGGAAGAAAUAGAUUUCCACUGUAUGUUACGGAAGGCGGUCGCUAUGUGUCGGCCCACAUAAGCUUUAGUAGAAUAUUGUCGUUUAUGAUAUCACUCAAAGCCAGUGCUCAAAUAGUGUUUUUGUUGCCAUAUAAUAUGAAGAAACACUAACAAUGAAUUAUUUGAGCAUGCGCAUAAUUGACUAUAGAGUUAGUAUCUACUUUCUGCGAAAGUUAUUAUUUAGCUGCUUAAAUUGUAUUUUAUAUUUUAUCAAACAUUAAAUUUUUUUGAGGCAAUCUCAAUACAUGAUGACCAUUUGGUUUACAUUAUUAAAUAUAAAUAAAUUUCAGGCGAAAGUGGAUAAUAAUGUUUAAUUAUUUGGUUGUAUCUCCGAUACUGACUGUGUUUAGUAUGAGUUAACAGCAUAAUGUUAAACAUAGUUGCAAUGUCACUACCAAACUUUAAUCGUCGGAGUAAGGCACAGUUGUCUGUGACACAAACGAUUCGGGCAGACGCUGCGCAAGUCGCCGACAAUAACAACGUUGUCGAUCUAUUAUCGAUAGUUACACAUAUGGCCGCGACACUUAUGGCGCGAAUUAUGUGUCUUACUUCGAUGGUUAAAUUCCGCUCUCUAAGGACUUUCACGUAACGUUUCACGUUUCAGUAGGCAUAUAAUAUUAAUUUAGUAAAUGAAUUCACUCACUAAAUAUUCGUUAUUAGACAGUCCAAUGAAAUUAUCUAUUUUAAAAGAAAUAAAAGUUUUGGCUCUGAAGGGAUUUCAUCGAUUGACGAAAAUUAUAUGUAAGGAAUCUUUUAAAAAAGUUUAGUUCAACCAACUCUAGUCCAUGAGUCUAUGCCACGAAAGAAGUGCCGCAAGCACGAGGCUACAGCCUGAUGUCUUAGUGUCAUAUUGCCACUGGAGUUCUUUUGUGGCGUGGCCUCUUACGUAUGAAUUCAAUACUAAGUAAACGGUAACCACCAGUUUUCAAAACUGGUUAAUCUUAAUUUCUAUAAUAUCCAAGACAAACAUAUUGUAAAAAAACUACAGAUCGGGGGUUUAUGGAAUUAAAAAUGUUCUUCAUUCCACUCAAAAAUAAGACUAAUAGUGAAUGUCAUAAACAUUCACUUGAUGUGCAUGUGCAUGGCAUGCAGUGGCUGGUAUUGUUUGAAAUAAAUGUACAAUAUUCAACGAA